ACUUGAAUCAUACCGCAGUUGCAGCCAAACCACAGCUAUGGGCAAUUGCUUCAAAUCUGUUAAAGUGCUUCCGUAUCCAACAACUCAGUAUAAAGUUUCUGUAAAGACUACCGAUGGCUAUCACAAGGCAGGUACAGAUUCAACAAUCUAUCUUGAAUUGGUGGGGACCGACGGAAUGUCAACUGACUGGGUAAAGCUGGACAACUUUCUUAAGGAUGAUUUUGAAAAGGGACAAGAAAACCAUUUCGAGUUUUUGUCACGUGACAUCGGCGCACCAAUCAUAAUCAGGAUUAAACUGGAAGAUACGGGCGAUGAAGACGAGUGGUUGUGCAGUCAUAUCACUGUGACUUACAUGGAUAACAAAAUAGAAUUCCCAGUGUAUGAAUGGAUUGAGAAAAAGAUACAGUUCACCACUGGCAAAGCCAUGCUACCGCAGAAAGUUGACAACCCUCAUGUUCGCUCACUACGUCAUCAAGAAAUUGACCGACGUAAAGGCCUUUACCUUUGGGUGGACUUGCCAACGGAGGCUCAAAUUGGAUUUGGUUUGCCGCGUUACGUCAAUGUCGAUUCUUAUGCAAAACUCCCAAAGAUUUUCCAGAGAAGCGAAAUACGACAAGCGCAGUUUGCUGAGAAAAGACUAGAGGCGUUAUUUCAAGUCACUCUUAACGUUAUUGGAACUGCAAUUUGUCCAAUUGAAGAUUUUGAUUCUUUUAAAAAGUUGUACAGACUUGACGAAAUAAAAUGGCAAGACCCAGACUACAUUAACAAUUGGGACACUGAUAUUGGAAUGGGCCGGCAAGUUCUUACUGGUAUCAGUCCAUUAGCCUUUGAAAAAUACACCAAACCUAUCCCAAAUUUUGACGUCACUAACGAUGACGUCAGUGAUCUUCUAGAGGGAAGAACUUUAGAGGAAGCUAUGCAGGCUGGGAAACUUUACGUUGGCGAUUACAGCAAACUUCUUGCUGAUGUAGAGCGUAGGACAUACAACGACGAACCUCUUCAUUGCGCAAACUCUAUCGGGCUUUUCUACGUAAAUACAGAAGGCCAGUUUCUUCCCAUUGCCAUUCAACUGGUAGCUGGUGAUCGAGAUUACUUAUUCACUCCCUCUUGUAACCAUUACGAUUGGCUUUUGGCUAAGAUGUACUUCAGAUGUUCACACUCAAAUGUGCAUCAGUGGGUAUACCAUUACUUGUACACUCACGCCAUCAUUGAGCCUUUCACCAUUGCCCUCUUCCGAUGCCUGCCUUCCGCUCAUCCGAUCUAUAAGCUCCUCCGUCCCCACUUACGUACUGUGGUAGCAAUCAACACAGAGGCACGUUUAGUGUUGAUUCCUCCGAAUGCUCGCGGUGGUCAAUCAAUGGCUAUAAUGGCUGCUGCGCUUGCCCGUAAACAAUUUAAAACAUUUCACUUUGACGACAUCGUAAUACCCAAGGUCUUAAAGAAACUUGGUACGGACGACUCGGAGCUGUUGCCCAACUUUUACUAUAGGGACGACGCUCUGGCUCUUUGGUCUAUUAUGGAAAAAUACGUUGAAAGUGUAGUACGGUUUUAUUACACUUCGGAUGAGGACGUCAAAGAAGACUUUGAGUUACAAGGUUGGGCAAAAGACGUCGCAGAGCAUGGGUUAGGCUGGCAAGAUGGUAAUACCAGAGGCUUCCCGACUUCUAUUACAAAUAUUGAACAAUUGAUCGAAAUUUGUGUGACACUCAUGUUCACUAGUUCUGCACAGCAUGCAGCUGUAAACUUCGGGCAGUUUGAAACUUACAAGUUUAUUCCAAAUGCGACCGUCGGCAUGAGGCAGCCACCUCACAAGAAAGGAGAAGCAACACUUGAAAGGGUACUAGAGUCUCUACCGGACGCAACGUUGGCUAGUCUUCAUAUCGCGGUUUCUUACACCCUUUCGCAGUUUUCACCUGACGAGGCUUACCUUGGGACUUUUGCCGAGCGACUUUUCACCGAAACAGAAAUAACAUCCAUUCAGGAGAAUUACCGGCAGGACCUUGCUGGGUUGGAGCAGAAGAUAGUUCAACGAAAUGAGGGUCUUGAAUAUGAAUACUCAUAUUUACAACCAUCACGCGUUCCAGAGAGUAUAGCGAUUUAAAUACGUUAUGCCAUAGCAUAUGCUAUAUGCCAGUGUAACAAGGCCACAUAGCCAUAUUAAUCAGUCAAUAUUUAAAAAUCAUAGCCUUGAAAAUUUUGCGGUUGAGUAAUACAUAUCAAAACUGCAAGUAUGCUUGAAUAUGGGUAUAUUUCGUUUUGUUGUAACUUUGAUUUUUUUGUUUUGUUGUUACUAAGUGGAUAUGAAUGUAAAAAACUGAGAAGCUAUAAAUCUACACAAGUAUAAUAAACAUACAUUCUAAAAUCGGUUAGAACUAGCGUAUAGACCCUCUUUUAAACCCAAAGAUUUCUUGGCUUACGUUUUCUAUGAACAGAUUUUAAGCACAAGUGGGAUGUUUUUGUCUCAGUUGGUAAGUUGUUUGUCUGUCGUGCGGUUGCGUUUCUUUGUGUGUAAUUUGCUCCAAAACAUAGGACGUAUUUUCUGGUGAGGUUCAGGACUUUUAUCAUGUUAUUAGUUAUUACACUGCCUAUGCAUCGCAUAGGUGGUAUUAAUUUGGUUAGUUAUCGGUGAGGUACAGUAUGCUUGCUGCUUGUAUACAGAGUAAGAACAGGCGAUUUGUAAAACUAUGUCCUUCAGCAUAAGGUUUAAAUACGCACCACUGGCUAUUUAUUGAAAUGUAACAUGUACCUUAAAGUUUUUAUAGACAUUAAAUGCAUCCAUUUACUGUUCACUGAAUCAUCAAAGAAUAUGUGGUUAUGUCUGGCCAUGGGGAAAUUGUGACAUUAUCUUCUGUGUUCCUGCAUUAUGAUACAACGACCGUUAACAACACAAUGACUGCCAGCAAAGCAUCGUGGUUCUCGGACACUAAUCUACUGCUAUGCAUUCUACUAGCAGUGUGUAUGUGCAUACUUGUGCUACUUGUAUGUCUUCUAGCUUGCUUUUGCUGCCGCUUUGUUCUUAAGAGAAGUAAUGGAAGUCGAAAAGAGAAUAAUGUGAAAACUGUAUUAAUAACUAAAGCAACUUCAGUAACUGGUUUAAACCAAACCAAUCUAAAUGAAGUGAAGUCUUCUUCAAGAAGCUUACUCAAGGUGUACACCACAGAAGGUGCUGCUUUAAUAGACAACUCAAAUCAAAACUUCAAUAACGGUGCUACCCAGUCAAAAGAUUCUGCAACCAAUACAUUUGCAAUUCGUCAUCAAAAUCUAAUGACAAGUACCCCGACUGUGAGAGAAAAUGGUGCAAGAAAAUGCAACUCAAUUGUUGCAUUGGUCACUUCACCACAGUCAACUAUCACUGGGGUAGACUGGCAAAGUUUCAAGCAUGAUACACCUUGCACCAAUGGCCAUGGUACUAUUAAUACUGUGAACAAUGAACCUGUUUCUUCAUCAUAUCAAGUUAUGUCUCCAGUCACACAGCAAGGAGUUCUUAAUUGGGCAACCACUAACGAUAUAUUAGAUGCUCACUCCCCAAACUCAGUGGGUUUAUAUGGGACAGCAUUUUCUCAGUUGGAUUCAAAUCCACUCUCUGAAGAAAAUGAUUUGGAUUCAGCAUCUGAAGUUAAAGAAUUGCUUUCCCCACUGCAAGUUCCUGUGUCAUCAGAAUGUAGUCCUUUAACGCCAAAUGGAGUUUCUUCCUCACUGCCUUUAGAUGUACAUGGCCACCCCCGAGCUUGGUUUGUUCCAUUGGAUGAAAUUUAUCAUGAACCUCUUCGACAUUCUUUCAUUGAUGUUUCAAACCACAACUUUGAUUUAGUUUCAGGCCCAUUUCCUCCGGAUCAGAAAGAACAAGAUUUAAGAGCUAUUAAUAGCCCUGGUAGUAACACCUCUAAUCAACAGCUUAACGGGUCAACAAAAGUUACCAGUAGGCCAAAAGGAAUCGCUGCUUCUCAAAGCUCUGGUUCUGAAAUCGACAGAAGCGAUUGCUGUAACUGGAGAGAUAGUGGCGUUCCUGUUUCUCACAUGAAUUUAAUAAAAUCUUCAUCCAGCGAAUGUGAGAACAAAAAGCCGAGUCUAUGGGAGCAACGAGAAGAUCGGCCUGUUGUGUUCCUAGAAGAUAAUGCUGGUGAAUUGGUUUCUCCUGAGCUUGAGGUGGCAUAAAAUGGAAUGGUUCAAUUUUCCUUUACAACAUAUUUGCAGUUUUCACCUUUUUGCCUUGCCUAUAGGCAGUUAGUGUGCUGGUUUCAACAUUCAAUAUGGUUUCCUACCGUCAGCAAAAGUUUUAUUGAUCUAGUUUAAAAUAGCUUGAUAGUUUGCGCUUAUUAGUCCCAGCUAAAGUUUCCCAUGUGGUUUAAAGUUUAGUUUCCCAUACAUUACUUAGGCUGUGGAUAAGCUGCCCAAAUCUGAUUUUCCAAACCUAAUCAUGUUUGUGGGUCCAAGCUGCCAUAAUUAUUUACAGUAAAUCAAAUGGUUUUCAAUUACUUUAAUCAUGUUUUUUUUUCCUUUUUGCAUUUAAUUAUACUUUAAUUAUCAAUGAUUACCAGAUAGAAAUUACACUUGAAGUUAACAUUUUUCAAUGUCCUUAAAACCCGAUAAUCACUUUUUAAAAUCGUAUCCUCCAUCUUUGUUUUCAUAAGCACAAUUGACGAAUAACAACAUACAGCCCUUCACUCAACAUUAUCGAUGUCUUGAUGUACAUUCUGUGUUCUGUGUACAUAGCAAAAGUCGUAUACCAACACUAAUUUUGCUCGUAAUUUUUAUAUGAAAUGUUACACUGUUGCUGCAAUACUAUAUGUGUACCUGCUGUACAGGGUUUGGUCCCAAGCAGUAUUUAUAAUUCAGUGUGAUAUUCACUCACAUACAUGUCAUUAGAUGUAGUAACAAUUUCUAUUAUUCAGUAGUUACCAAUUUUUUAUGGUGCUUUUGAAAGUGUCUGCUCGCUAAGUGUGACCUAUUGACACGUUAAUCUAGUUGCAAUGUAUAUAUGUAUACAUAGUGUAUAUAUUGAAUGCCGUUCCACACCAUGCUGGAAGCUGCAGCUUUUUGUUAUUUUCACAUUUUUAUCACAGUUACACACCAGCCAACGGCUGCUUUUUUAUAAAACCACCCGUUAAAAUUUACCAAGCAUUAAGGCUUACCACACAACCAUUCAUAUGGGCCGAGCUUGCCAUUUUUUCACUUUUCUAUUAAUAUUUCAUUAGAAAACCCAGUGUGCUAUUCCAAUACUGCAACUAAUCAAAUCACUUACAGUUUUGUUUUAUUUUUACCACAUUUUUGUUGCUUUUGAAUUAUCACGCACUAACGUUAAUAUUUCACGGCCCGUGUGUUUAAUUUCUAAUUUUCCAAAUCAACAGCGUACUUUUUCUUCAAAAAGGUUGUGCCAGGUUUAAUUUGUCAACCCACUGUUCGUAUUUCUUGACCCACACUGCGCCAUUCUUGCAAUAAAUAGCACGGGUA